CCUCAAGUCUCUCCAUUGGACAGGUGUUGCACGGCUGCUCACCUGGUUUGUUUUGCUCCCCCUUUGGGCGACCUUGCCAUCAUGAGGUUCACUUUGAUCGAGGCGGUGGCUCUGACUGCCGUCUCGCUGGCCAGCGCUGAUGAAUUGGCCUACUCUCCACCGUAUUACCCAUCCCCUUGGGCCAAUGGCCAGGGCGACUGGGCGCAGGCAUACCAGCGCGCUGUUGAUAUUGUCUCGCAAAUGACACUGGAUGAGAAGGUCAAUUUGACCACUGGAACUGGAUGGGAAUUGGAACUAUGUGUUGGUCAGACUGGCGGUGUUCCCCGAUUGGGAGUUCCGGGAAUGUGUUUACAGGAUAGCCCUCUUGGCGUUCGCGACUCCGACUACAACUCUGCUUUCCCUGCCGGUAUGAACGUGGCUGCAACCUGGGACAAGAAUCUGGCAUACCUUCGCGGCAAGGCUAUGGGUCAGGAAUUUAGUGACAAGGGUGCCGAUAUUCAAUUGGGUCCAGCUGCCGGCCCUCUCGGUAGAAGUCCCGACGGUGGUCGUAACUGGGAGGGCUUCUCCCCCGACCCGGCCCUAAGUGGUGUGCUCUUUGCAGAGACCAUCAAGGGUAUCCAAGAUGCUGGUGUGGUUGCGACGGCUAAGCACUACAUUGCCUACGAGCAAGAGCAUUUUCGUCAGGCGCCUGAAGCCCAAGGUUAUGGAUUUAACAUUUCCGAGAGUGGAAGCGCGAACCUCGACGAUAAGACUAUGCACGAGCUGUACCUCUGGCCCUUCGCGGAUGCCAUCCGUGCAGGUGCUGGCGCUGUGAUGUGCUCCUACAACCAGAUCAACAACAGCUAUGGCUGCCAGAACAGCUACACUCUGAACAAGCUGCUCAAGGCCGAGCUGGGCUUCCAGGGCUUUGUCAUGAGUGACUGGGCUGCUCACCAUGCUGGUGUGAGUGGUGCUUUGGCAGGAUUGGAUAUGUCUAUGCCAGGAGACGUCGACUACGACAGUGGUACGUCUUACUGGGGUACAAACUUGACCAUUAGCGUGCUCAACGGAACGGUGCCCCAAUGGCGUGUUGAUGACAUGGCUGUCCGCAUCAUGGCCGCCUACUACAAGGUCGGCCGUGACCGUCUGUGGACUCCUCCCAACUUCAGCUCAUGGACUAGAGAUGAAUACGGCUACAAGUACUACUAUGUGUCGGAGGGGCCGUACGAGAAGGUCAAUCAGUACGUGAACGUGCAACGCAACCACAGCGAACUGAUCCGCCGCAUUGGAGCGGACAGCACGGUGCUCCUCAAGAACGACGGCGCUCUGCCCUUGACUGGCAAGGAGCGCCUGGUCGCGCUUAUCGGAGAAGAUGCGGGCUCCAACCCUUAUGGUGCCAACGGCUGCAGUGACCGUGGAUGCGACAAUGGAACAUUGGCGAUGGGCUGGGGAAGUGGUACUGCCAACUUCCCAUACCUGGUGACCCCCGAGCAGGCCAUCUCAAACGAGGUGCUUAAGCACAAGAAUGGUGUAUUCACCGCCACCGAUAACUGGGCUAUCGAUCAGAUUGAGGCGCUUGCUAAGACCGCCAGUGUCUCUCUUGUCUUUGUCAACGCCGACUCUGGUGAGGGUUACAUCAAUGUGGACGGAAACCUGGGUGACCGCAGGAACCUGACCCUGUGGAGGAACGGCGAUAAUGUAAUCAAGGCUGCUGCUAGCAACUGCAACAACACAAUCGUUGUCAUUCACUCUGUCGGACCAGUUUUGGUUAACGAGUGGUACGACAACCCCAAUGUUACCGCUAUCCUCUGGGGUGGUUUGCCCGGUCAGGAGUCUGGCAACUCUCUUGCCGACGUUCUCUAUGGCCGUGUCAACCCCGGUGCCAAGUCGCCCUUUACCUGGGGCAAGACUCGUGAGGCCUACCAAGAUUACUUGGUCACCGAGCCCAACAACGGCAACGGAGCCCCCCAGGAAGACUUCGUCGAGGGCGUCUUCAUUGACUACCGCGGAUUCGACAAGCGCAACGAGACCCCGAUCUGGGAGUUCGGCUAUGGUCUGAGCUACACCACUUUCAACUACUCGAACCUUGAGGUGCAGGUGCUGAGCGCCCCUGCAUACGAGCCUGCUUCGGGUGAGACCGAGGCAGCGCCAACCUUCGGAGAGGUUGGAAAUGCGUCGGACUACCUCUACCCCAGCGGAUUGCAGAGAAUUACCAAGUUCAUCUACCCCUGGCUCAACGGUACCGAUCUCGAGGCAUCUUCCGGGGAUGCUAGUUACGGGCAGGACUCCUCCGACUAUCUUCCUGAGGGAGCCACCGAUGGCUCUGCGCAACCGAUCCUGCCUGCCGGUGGCGGUCCUGGCGGCAACCCUCGCCUGUACGACGAACUCAUCCGCGUGUCAGUGACCAUCAAGAACACCGGCAAGGUUGCUGGUGAUGAAGUUCCCCAACUGUAUGUUUCGCUUGGCGGUCCCAACGAGCCCAAGAUCGUGCUGCGUCAAUUCGAGCGCAUCACGCUGCAGCCGUCGGAGGAGACGAAGUGGAGCACGACUCUGACGCGCCGUGACCUUGCAAACUGGAAUGUUGAGAAGCAGGACUGGGAGAUUACGUCGUAUCCCAAGAUGGUGUUUGUCGGAAGCUCCUCGCGGAAGCUGCCGCUCCGGGCGUCUCUGCCUACUGUUCACUAAAUAGCUCUUAAAUGGCAUACCAUGAUGGCCAUGGUACAUGAAUUAAUGAUUUAUGCCAAU